AACGACCCGGAACACUGGCGAUGUCCUGGCGGGGGAGAGGCUCGCCGAUCGCCUGAGCGGCACCGCCAGCACCCCUGACCGAGAUCCCGCCCGGGUACCUGUGUGCGUCCGUGCCGACGCCAGCGGAGCGGGCACCAUGCCAGCCAAGGGGAAGUACCUGCUGAACGACCAGGAGGAGGUGAAGAAGGAGGCGCUGUACCGCAAGUUCUCCUGCUUCAGUCAGUACCAGCUGCUGGUGCUGCUGCUGGGCCUCACCAUGCUGUUCUGCGCCGUGCUCCUCAUCCUCUUCUUCUCCCUCAACCUGAGCGCGGAGCGGCACAGCGCCUUCGUGGGGGUGGUGAGCUGCGGGCUGCUGGUCUUCCUGGCCGUGUUCGUGCUGGUCUGCACCGAGUGGCUCUUCCAGCGCUGGAUGCUGCUGCUGGGCGUGGUGGUGUGGGCCACGCUCAUCGCCAUGGGCUUCACCUUCAUCUUCUGCGGGACGGUCAUCCAGCCCUGGGACCAGGUGCCGUUCUUCCUCUUCAUCAUCUUCACCGUGUACACCAUGCUGCCCUUCCAGCUGCGCUACGCCGUGCUCCUCAGCGUCGUCUCCUCCCUGGCCCACAUCGUCGUCCUCACCUUGCGCCUCACUGUUUUCAGCCCUGCCCACAUCCUCCCCGUUCCAUCUCUGGCCAAUCAGCUGCUGUCCAACGCGGUGGUGUUCCUGUGUGGCAGCGUGGUGGGGGCCUUCCACAAGGUGCUGAUGGAGCGGGCGCUCCGCCAGACCUUCCAGGACAUGCUGAGCUGCCUGACCAUCCGCAUGAACCUGGAGAUCGAGAAGAGACAGCAGGAGAACCUGCUGCAGUCCGUGCUCCCGGUCUACAUCUCCAUGAAGAUGAAGCUGGCCAUCAUGGAGCGGCUGCAGGACUGCAAGGACAAGGAGGAGCGGCAGCGCCUGGUCAAAGACAACAACUUCCACAGUCUGUAUGUGAAGAGGCACGAGAACGUCAGCAUCCUGUACGCGGACAUCGUCGGCUUCACGCGCCUGGCCAGCGACUGCUCGCCCAAAGAGCUGGUCAUCAUGCUCAACGAGCUCUUCGGGAAAUUUGAUCAGAUCGCAAAGGAGAACGAAUGCAUGAGAAUAAAGAUUUUGGGAGACUGUUACUACUGUGUGUCUGGACUGCCCGUCUCUUUGCCCAAACACGCCAAGAACUGCGUGAAGAUGGGGCUGGACAUGUGUGAGGCCAUCAAACAGGUGCGGGAGGCCACAGGUGUGGACAUCAACAUGAGGGUGGGCGUGCAUUCCGGCAACGUCCUGUGUGGGGUGAUCGGCCUCCGCAAGUGGCAGUUUGACGUGUGGUCACAUGAUGUGACCUUGGCCAAUCACAUGGAGUCAGGGGGUUUACCAGGGCGAGUGCACAUCACGGAGGCCACGCUCAAACACCUGAACAAGGCGUACGAGGUGGAGGAGGGGAACGGACACCUGCGGGACCCCUACCUGAAGGAGCAGAACGUCCAGACAUACCUGGUUAUAGACCCGCGGUCCAAAGCCCAGGCGCUGACCAGCCGCACCGCGCCCAAGCCGCGGGUGAACGACGGGCUGAAGAUGCGGGCGUCGGUGCGCAUGACCCGCUACCUGGAGUCCUGGGGCGCCGUCAAGCCCUUCGCCCACCUGCAGAGCCGCGAGGGCUACGGCGCCGAGGUCAACGGGACGUCCCGCGGCAAGGAUAUACCUCUGCGAUCUGUCCCCUGUUCGAAGAUAACUGAAAGCUUUGAUGAGUCCCUUGAGGAGCCCUUCUCCUUGCCCACCCCUUCGUUCACCAAAUAUAACAGAAACAAAUCGCAGAAGAGCAAAUUCGACGAAGAGCUUCACAACGAGAUGACCACCACGAUCGAGCUGAGCUCCGCCAAGCUGUGGAGGUCCGAGGAGAUCAGCAGCCUCACGCUGUGGUUCACCAAGAAGGAGCUGGAGAAGCAGUACCGAGCCAUUGACCUGCCCAGCUUCAAGUACUACAUCGCCUGUGCCACCUUCAUCUUCUUCUGCAUCUUCGUGGUCCAGAGGUUUGUGACAAAAGAGCCCGAGAAGCUAGGCGUGUCCUUUGGGGUGCUGGCCUGUGUCCUCCUGUUGACCCUGGGCGUGUGUUUCACGGGUCACCUGCAGCGCUGGUUCCCGGAGAAGCUGGCGUCGUGCCAGUGGCUGGCGGCCAUGUCCGAGGCGGUGGGGAGGAAGCCGUGUGUGCGCCUCCCCAUGGCCAUCGUCUGCACCGCCAUCAUCCUCGUCUUCGCCAUCUUCAACCUGUGUUGCGUUCACUCCCUGGAGCACAACCACACCCUCAGUGUCGAGCAGCAGCAGGAAAUAAACAACGGUCUCUUUUACCUGCCUUACUCGGUUUACUGCUGUAUAUUGGCCCUGAUUGCCUGUGGGGUGUUCCUGAGGCUCAGCUUCGAGCUGAAAGUGGCCUUCCUCGUCCUGGGGUCCAUGGCCUACUACAGCAUCAUCCUGAGCUCCAAGGAGGAGCUCUUCCAGCGCUACGGACGCCACCUGUACAACAACAGCAGUGUGGAAGUGCAGGACAUCCUGCCGUACUCUGGACUGAUGAAGCACCCACAGGGAAUGAGCUGCAUGUACAUCACUCUGUUCCUGGUCACAAUGCUCAUCAUCAUACGACAGAACGAGUACUGCUGCCGCCAGGACUUCCUGCUGAAGAACAAGAACCGGACGGAGCAGGACGAGAUCGAGACGCGGGAGAACCUGAACCGGCUCCUGCUGGAGAACGUUCUGCCCGCUCACGUGGCCACGCUGUUUGUUGGGGAGAAUAAAAAGAACGAGGACCUUUACUACAAGUCAUACGACUGCGUGUGCGUGAUGUUCGCCUCCGUCCCGGACUUCAAAGAGUUCUACACAGAGUGUGACAUCAACAAGGAGGGCCUGGAGUGCCUGAGGCUGCUCAAUGAGAUCAUCGCCGACUUUGAUGAGCUGCUGUCCAAGCCCAAGUUCAGCGGGGUGGAGAAGAUCAAAACCAUCGGCAGCACGUACAUGGCGGCAGCCGGGCUGAGCGGCUCCCCAGGACAGGAGAACAACCAGGACCGCGAGAGGCAGCAGCUGCAGAUCGGGAACAUGGUGGAGUUCGCCAUCGCGCUCGUCGGCAAGCUGGACGGCAUCAACAGGCACUCCUUCAACAGCUUCCGGCUGCGCGUGGGUAUUAACCACGGGCCUGUGAUUGCUGGGGUGAUAGGAGCCAGAAAGCCCCAGUAUGACAUCUGGGGCAACACCGUCAACGUGGCCAGCAGGAUGGAGAGCACGGGGGAGCUGGGCAAGAUCCAGGUGACUGAGGAGACCUCCAACGUGCUGCUGAAGCUGGGCUACUUCUGUGAGUGCAGGGGUCCCAUCAACGUCAAGGGGAAGGGAGAGCUCACCACCUACUUCGUCUGCACGGACAUGAGCAAGUCACAGUGCAUGGGCCUGAGCUGAGAGCGGAUAGAGCUUUUUCACCCAGCCCAGAACUGCUGCUGCUGCUGCUUCAGCGCUGACCCCUGACCCCAGGGCAGCCAUGUUGGGAAGGGGGGCGGGUGCUUCUGUUAGCACCGUGUCCCCGGAAAUGAAGGAUCAGCUCCCGUGUGCCUAUCGGACUGCGAAAGGCACCGCCGACUUGACUCUGGCCACGGACACGGAGGACAGAGGUGCUGUGGGUCUCAGUCGUGACGGUUAGACGUUAAAUGUACUUUUGUUUGAUUACAUAAUUAUCCAACUGUAAUGUGUAGGCUACACAUUUUACCGUACAAAUACAUUAUUCUCCAUGCACAUAUUACAGAGCAGCAGAUUUGUACAUAUGUCCAGGUAUAUGAGCUGAGGUGCGUACACAAGGGAGUAGAUCAGUCACAUUUUAGGAAUCUUCUUUCUUCUUUUUUUCUUUCCUUCUUCAUGCUAGUUGCUUCAGUAUUGAACAUUGCUUUGUAUAUUGAAGCCUGAGAGCGAAAGCCUUGCUAAUAAGCACUGUUUGUUUUAUUACUGUGUAAUGUUCACAUCAGGAGUGUGUGAGGAGGGAAAGUUUCAUUAUCAGAAACAGUCUUUCUUAAAACACGUAGUACAGUAUGUCCAAAAAAAGGCAAAAAACGAGACACAGGUUGUGAUUUAACCAUUUGCACCAGACCUGGGUCAAAUACGUAUUUGUUUUGGAUUCAAAUAGUUUUCUACGCUGUACUGAUCUUGUCUGGUGUAUUGGAACCAAUGAAGUACUCUCAAAAAGCGCAGACCCCGCCUUCUGGUCAUAUUGGCAGGCUAAAUUACUCCAGGCAAGAUCAGUAGAGCACAGAAAAGUAUUUGAAUCAAAAAAAAAAAAAAAAAACUUAUGUGACCCAGGUCUGACUUGCACAGUAGGAUUGCGCUUGGUUUUGAAGUAUCUAAUUGCUGUGUUGAUCCUCUCCAGUCUGGAAGGCCGAAGUGCCGUUUGUUGCACAUAUGCUGCAUUGCUUAAAUGUUGCAUCUUGAGCUCAGUGUACAUCUAGUGCUGUCAUACUGCCAGCUUUGCUACAGAGUGCUCAGAUUUCUUUUUCUUUACACAGUCCUACUAUUGGUUAAUUCUUGUUUAUAUAUUUUGUUAGGAAGCCUAGUGUCGAGAGUGAUUUAAUUGAAACAUCUUUUCUGUAAAAAAAAAACAAAACAUGGACUGCAUCCAAAAAAACCUGAUUAUGUGCCUAGGGAAGAUGAUGACCAUGGAGGGUCUGCUGGUUUACUGCUGUAUGACCUUAAUUCAUUACUGCCAUCUGCCUAACCUGCAUCGAGUGUCAUUACUAUCACAGGUUACUAUCAUGUUCCUUACUUCAGCUUUCAGGAACAGACCAGUGAGCUUUUUCCCGUUUUAUACAGUACAGUAUCUAAUAAAGUAUUUUCAGUCCGAGUUGAAAGUA